AUUUACCAAUCUGUCAAUGAUCGUAAAGUUAUUGUAAAGUUAGCAGAGGGUUGAAGCAAAUUCUUUCACUUUUAACACCCGAUAAUUGGUAACAUAUCAAAGUCAACAGACUAAGAAAUGCAAAACCCCAGCGAGGAUACCCAAUGGAACGAUGCCUUACGUCGACACGGAAUUUUACCGGAAAAAGAAGUUAGUGAAGAUCAACUUAUCGAUCUUGUAGAAGAAACUGUCCAACAGAAAACAGGAAAUGUAGUGAAAGCGUAUGAAGAUAUGACUUUGGAAGAACUGGAGGAACUGGAAGAUGAAGAAGAUGAACGUGUUUUGCUACAGUAUAGGUAGGAAAUUUUUUUUGUACGGAUUUUAUUUUCUUAUCUCGGCAUGAAGUAGACUUGAAAGCUAUUGCUGUCAAUGACAAUCUUGCUUUUACCAUAUAAGGCAAUGAAAACUUAAAGUAUGAAAAAGGUAAACCUUAGCUGAUUCAAAAUAAAAAUACCUUGUGUUAAGGAGUUAAAGACAGAUACUUUCCAAUCGUCAGUUCAGUCGACAAAAGAACUUUUAUUUUUUUACUCUUACCUGACGUUACCUGGUUUUUCAUAUGUCAAGAACACCCUAGAUGGUUAGAAAUUUUACCAUUACCGACCUGUCUCAGAGUUUUCAGACUAAGGAAGUCUUGGAAUGGAAGACAUCCCUGACUUUCUGAGAUGGUUGAAAAUCAGAGGCAUUUAUAUGUAUUUAUUACAUAUUAUAUUAUCGCUGUGAUGAACCACACGAUGUUUUUGAAGUUCAUUUGUUUUAUAUUUUUUAAUGAAAACAGUACAUGUUUCGGAUGAAGCAUCAUCCAUUGUCAGUUUUUUAAUGAGAAAAAAAAUGAAAUUAUGCAAUAAAUAGUAUAAUAAAGUGAGAUGUUAACAAGAAUAAUUUAAAAAAACCCAAAAAAAAAUGAAACUAUUUAUUCUAAGGGAGACUGAUUAGUAUGACAGCGAUAAAUUAAGAUCAGUGUUUGACCUGCAAAUUUAAAGAUGGCUGCGCCCAAAGGAUGUGAAUGGCUUCCUUAAUUUUCAAUUGGAAGCUUGUGGAAGCAGAGUCCAGAAUUUUAAAACAAUCUUCUGAACAAAGUGAGCAACAAUUUUCAGAACCUCUAAGGUACUUAUAUUUUCUCUGCAUGUCCCAGAUUUCUGCAAUGAUCAGAGAUUAAAUUGUCUCAUACUUUCCCUUUGACAUUUGAUAAGAUUACCAAUUUUUUAAUUCUUGGCUCCACUGCUCAUGAGUCACAAAUGAAGUGGUGAAGUGGUGUCUAUAAUCUACCAAGACAAACAUCUGGUACUCUCCCAAUUUACAUCCACAAAAUCUGCAAUAGUUGGGAAAUAGUGGAAUUACCAAUCAUCUGGGAUUUCCCUACAUGUGAAAACCAGCUUUUACCUUAUAAAUAUCUUAAACAGUGUAUUGAAAUUCUCGAUGUUGUAAAGCAAGUUUUAUUAUCAGAAUGGUUCAAAGUUAGUCCUAAGACUGGUUGACUACAGACUUCCUGUAUGACUGUUUACCUAUUGAAUUUUCACCUUUUUCUUCUAUCCAAUUGUUAUAAUCUGUGUUAAUCUCUGAGGUUUACAUAACUGAUUAUGCAUGUAAGAGAACAAACUAGUCAUUUGUGUUUCUCACCCACCCCUCUCUUGUGAAAGUGGAGGCACCCUACCAGUUUGAAGGAUACCCUAGGUGGCAUGUAGAGAUGAGUCCUUGUGGUACGUCUUUGGGACAGACUGUAUUGUUUAAAGUGACAGCAAAUCUUUUUCUUGUUAGAGUCAUAGGUAUGACCUUAAAUCAUUCUAAACCCUUUAACUCCCAUGAGUGACCAAGACAGAAUUUCUCCUUACAAUAUCAAUACAAUAUCAACCAGAUAAGUUAUGCAGGGUUCGUACGGGUCCUGGAAAUCCUGGAAAGUCCUGGAAUUUUAUUAAAUACAACAGGUGACAUAAGAAACCUUUUCUCGAACAGCUCUUUUCGCUGCCCCUCGAACAGCCACUGAAAGUAACAACUCUACUUUGACUGUAUCAAGUAGUGCCGCUAGUACAACAGCAGGUAUGUCGGGUUCGUGACGAGGAAUGAUACUUUAACUGCUGAAAUUUGGUGGGCGCUAAAGGUGAAUAGCAGCCAUUAUUCGUAUAAUUCCUGUACAGAUAUAAACUUCUUAGUGCAGCAAAUGUUUCCAGACAGUGACAUUGCAAAGAAAUUUACCUGUGGGGAGAAAAAGGCCUCCUAUCUUUCUUGCUUUGGUAUUGCACCAUGUUUCAAGAGUCUUCUAAAGGAAAAAGUCAAAUCUUCAAAGGGAUAUGUGCUUUUGUUUGAUGAAAGUUUGAAUCACGAACUGCAAAAGAAGCAGAUGGAUUUCCAUGUUCGCAUCUGGAAUCAUGACAAAGUUGAAACUCGCUAUUAUGAUUCACAAUUUCUUGGGCAUUCUAGUGCAGAGGAUAUGCUUCAAAAGUUUCAUUCUUGCAAAGAGGACUUGAGCUGUAGAAAUCUGAUUCAACUCUCUAUGGAUGGGCCCAAGGUUAACUGGAAAUUUUAUGAAAUGGUAGAGCAAGAAUUGAAGAGUGAUUUCAGUUGCACUCUCCUUAACACAGGCAGUUGUGGUAUACAUGUUGUGCAUGGAGCUUUUAAGGAUGGUUGUGAUGCAGCUGGAUGGACGGUGCAGAAAACUCUCUCCAGUCUUUACUGGCUGUUUAAAGACAGUCCGCUCAAGAGAAGACUACAUUAGAAUAACUGGUAGCAGUGUAUUCCCCUAAAAUUCUGCCAGCACCGGUGGUUAGAGAAUGUGUCAGUUGCCGGCGAGCACUGGAAGUGUGGCCUCACAUUGUCAAAUACAUUAAUGCUGUUAAGGCAAAGAAAGUUACUGAUCCCAAGUCCAAAUCUUACGAGACCAUUAGCAGUAGUUGCUGUGAUCCCUUGAUGCCAGCAAAGAUUGCCUUCUUCUCAUCAGUGGCAAAACAGAUCAAUCCUUUUCUCACAGCAUUUCAGACUGAUAAACCUAUGCUGCCAUUCAUGAGUAUCAGUUUGUACACUUUGUUGAAAUCAUUGUUGAAUAGGUUUAUCAAGGGUGAACUUGUUACCGAGGCAACAUCUCCUCUGAAGAUCCUGAGGUUGAAGCCCACUGAUAAAGAACAGCAGUUAGACUACCAGAAAGUUGAUGUUGGCUUUGUGGCACAACACAUGCUGAAAGAAAAAUCUGGGAAAUUGAGUGAAAGGCAAGUUCUUCAAUUCAGAAUGGAAUGUAAAGAUUUUCUUGCAAAAACAGCCUCUAAACUGCUUGACAAAACACCAAUAAAUUAUCGACUAGUAAGAAGUAUGUCUUGUCUGGAUCCAAGGCUAAUGGCAUCAGAGAAAGAAGGAUGUGUCAAAAAAAAAUGAAAAGAGUUCUUGAAAUUCUUGUGGAAGCCCACAGAUUGAAGGCUGAUGAGUGUGAUGAGGUGAUAUAUCAGUUUGGACAGUUUUUGGAUGAAUGUGCAGGUAAUCCUGACUUUGAAGAUUUUGACCCUAGUGAAUCCUCUUUAAGAGUCGACACACUGUUAUAUGAACACAUGGCUGGUAAUAAGCAACUGGCAAAAGCAUGGGGGUAGUUGAAUUAUUGCUGCUAAUGUCUCAUGGUCAAGCCACAGUUGAAAGAGGAUUUUCUGUAAACAAAGAAGUGGCAGUUGAGAACCUGUCGGAAAGAUCGUUCAUUGCACAGAGGAUUAUUCAUGAUCAUAUUGAAUCAGUUGGAGGCCUUGCCAAUGUAAAAAUCUCAAAGCAACUACUUAUGGCAUCUGCUGGGAGCGACAGAAAUAUAUUUCCUAUCUAGAAGAGCAGAAGAGAAUUAAAGUGUCCCAGGAAAACUCGCUUAAAAGAAAGGCAGCAAUGGAUGGGAUUGAUGUGCUGAAGAAGAAAAAAGCGGCAAAUUGAAACUGAUAUAGAGGCUCUUUAGAGUUCAAUGAAAGAAAAUAUCAAUUUGGGGAUAAUUAGUUGAUCCAGUACUAAAUUCUCUAAUAAUCUGAAGCCUGGAAAAAAAAAUUGAAAAUUGUUUCUGAAAAAACAGUAACCCUGGUUAUGAGAAUUAGAAAAUUCAAUCUGGGAGUUAAAGGAUUAAAUUUUAAACUAAUCUUGGUUCUUUGGAUACAAAUCUGGGAGUUAAAGGAUUAAUUUAAACUUUUUCUAUAUCAUUUUCAAAACUCCAGGGACACAGGGCACUGAAUGGUAUCUAGGAUUAUUCUUUCACCUGUACAUCUUCUUGGAGGGAGUCACCAUUUCUCUUCAUUUGAAUAUUAUUGUUUUUUAUUUUUAUUUAUUUAAUUUGUUUUAUUCAAAGACAACAAAGAUUGGCAGAAAUACAGAAAUUUCAGAAGGCAUCCAAAUUUGGUGAUGUUAGAGAGAUUUCUGCUCAGGACUAUGUGGACGAAGUCAAUAAAGCUGGCAAAGGAAUCUGGGUUGUUCUUCAUCUCUACAAGCCUGGGUAUCCUUUUGUGAUCCGCAUGUGUCAAUUUGUUAUAAAUAAGGAUCAGUCUCCCUUUGAUCCUUAAGAGUGACUUGAAUAUAAUUUCUCCUCACAGUAUCACCUUUGAAUCACACAGUAAGGUCAUGAGAAUAAAGGAAAUGAUCACCAACCGAAGAAGCCCUUGAUUGUUAAACAAAUUCUCCUUGUCAACACCUUAGGAAAUGUAUAGAGAACAGUGUGGAGAAUAUGCCUAAUGAUAUUAGGGUGUAGAGGAUUGAAAAAAAAAACUCGCAUCUACCAUGGAAUAUUUUGUGGACUAGCAUGGAGCACCUUGCGUCUGUCAUGGAAUACAAUGUUAAAAAUAUAAGAAAGCAAUUAACAUUAAAAUGUUUUUCCCUUAACAUCCAUAUUUUAAAAAAUAACCAUGGUAGAAAUGUUAUUGUUUCCUCUCAAAAGAAGCAACCUUUUACUUGUAAGAAAGAUAAACUGAAAUCUUUAAGUAUCAAAAGUGAUUAACAUGUAACUUCUCUCUAUAGUAUCCCCCACAUUAUCCAGCAAGCAGGUAAUGAGAAUACUCAAACUCAUCAGGUAGAGGUUGUUAUCUUGAUCCAGCACUAAAUUCUAGGAACUCAUUGACAAGGAAAUGGAUAGCAGUUAGAGAGGAGAAUUAACAAACAGAUCUUGUAAAUUAAAGGGUCAGCUGAAAAUCAUGUCUGAGACUGCUGAACAUGUCUUGGGAUUAAAAAAAUACGAUUAUUAUUUAUUACAAAAUAUGCAUUUAACAGUCAUAUCUUCCUUAACCUGGCAAAGUGUUCCAUUAUGUACACUAGUAAAUCAGUUCCUCACACGCCUGGCUGAGAAGUUUCCAACCACAAAAUUUUUAAAGAGUGUAUCAACAACAUGUAUACCAAACUAUCCUGACAGACAUCUUCCAACGAUAUUUAUCUACUGCGAAGAGGACAUGAAGAAACAGUUUGUAGGACCUUUUGCAUUUGGAGGAAUGAAUCUUAAGAUCGAAGGUAAGUUGUAUAGAAUAAAAAGAAAGAAGCAGAGAUCUGAUGAUAAUUGAAUUCUCUGGUACUGUGCAGUAGUCUCUCUUUAAAUUUCAGUGCUCUGAGCUAUUGUUUUUUUUUUUUUAACUCUUUACACCCUCACAUCAGUAUCAGUAUUCUCUUUACUGUUCUUUAUACAUUUCUUUAGGUUCUGAUGAGGAGAAUUUGUGUAACAAUCAAGAGAUUUGUGAUUCUUGUGACCUAAGUGUGUGAUUCAGAGCUGACAUUAUAUGGAGAAAUUAGAUGCUAGUCACUCUUAGGUCAAAGGGCAUAUUACAAUCCUAAAUGUCUCCAGUCAUGAUGGCACAACUAUAAACAAAUCAAUUUAUGUUCCAUAUUUAUUUCUUGUUUAGUGAUUAAUUUUGAUGCCAUAACUCUAUAUUUAUAGAAUUGGAAUGGAUGUUGGCUGAAGCUGGGGCAGUAAAAACAGACUUAGAAGAGGAUCCACGUAAAAAGAAUAAAGUUCAUGAUGUUAUGACAAGUUCUUUGCAACAGAUGAAUGCUAAGGAUUCAGAUAGUGAUGAUGAUGAUGAUGAAUAGCAUCCAGAGAGCAAUUACUGGAUAUAUUUACUUUACUUCCCAACAAACUUAAAGCUUCAACGUCUCCCCUGCCUUGGGUAACUCACCAGCAUUUGACCAUGGUCUGUGCCUAGGGGGGUAGGAAAUCUGAACCUUGCCCUGCUGGGGUGAGGUGGGAAUACAAGUAGAAUGCAAUAAUUGUAUCUUUAAAUGUUGAGGUGUUCAAGGUAAAUAGUUUCAUUUUGUAAGUGAAUGGCUCAGAAGAAACGGUCUACAAGGUCUGGGUUUCAACUCUUUGUCAGUUGUGUAGAAGGUCACUGUCACUGAUAUGGCCUUGAUUUUCAUCAUCUUGAAAACCAUCUCAAGAAACAAAUUUAAGAAAUCCCUGUUUAUUUGAUUAACCACCCAACCUCAAAUAAGGAGGAGUUUUGAUUAUUACUUCAUAGCUCACUUAUGAUCUCUUAAUUCACUGCCUGUGUAUAGAUAUCUAAACAUUUUUUUAUUAUUUGUUGUUUUGUGGCAAAGUGAACUUAAUACUUGCUGAAAAUGGUGGAGAUUGAAUAAGCACCCAGGUUUGAAAGAGUGCCCUCCUCAGAUAAGUGCCAGCUUCAAAGGUUCAAACAUUUAUGAGUACCCAGAGCACCUAGCAAGUAACAAUAGUAUCUACCUAUCACUUAAUUUUUUUAAGAGACAGGAAAGUGGUGGGGAAACUUUUUUUAAUUACUUAGAGGGGACAAAUAAUUGAGCUAAGGAGAGUUUAGAAAAAAAAGGCUCUUUUUUAACCUGUGUCAGUUGUCCUCUUCACAACCAAUGUUAGCAAUUGUGCUCUUAAUUUUUGGCAGUAGGAGGCCUGGGUACAAGAUUUGGGAAAAUUCUUUUACCACUGACUCUCUCCAAUAAGUCGAAAUCAUUAACACAGAUUUCAAGAUUUUUCUUUGGUUUUAUUGCAAAUAUUUGCUCUAAAAAUACAUUAACAGUUUUUUGCCAACAUAUCUAUCUUCUCUGGCUAUUUACAAUUGAUCAUUGAAGAUCAUGUACAUUGAGGAGAAUUCCUCCUUAAAUAAUUUUGUCACUGUAUUAUUUGGGUCAAAUUGUUACUUCUCACAGUCCUAAUACGUCGUGGUACUUACAUUAAAUAAACAAUAAUUUUUAACUUUUAUUUGAAAUAAGUUUCCACCUUUGAAAUGAUGUAUAUGACUAUUAACUUGUAAUUAAAACUACAGAUUUGGAAACAAAAAUUACCGCUACGUAAAUCAUGUGUCUUUAUCGCGUUUACUAAAAUAAAAUUAAGCUAGAUUUCUUGGAAAAAAAAAUAAACUGGCACGCUAGAUAGGAGGCUUGUCGUGUUCCAAGAACGCGUGAGAAAUGCGUCUUAAACGCGAUAGAAACGCGUUACAACGACAAUCUGGCAAAGCCAACUAACCCUUUCACUCCUACAAGUGACGAGGAACUAAUUUCCUCUUACAGUAUCAAUACAAUAUUGAACAGACAGGUGAUGAGAAUAAAGAAAAAUAUCAACAAAACAACAACUGUAGGUAGGUGAAAUUGUGGAAGUGAAAGAGUUAUUCUAACGAGCUGAUGUAUCUGCAAACCGUGAUUAAUAAAUAAUGUAAUGUAUUUCUGUACGAUGAACCGUGAGUCAUUAAAUAAUAUUGUUAUAGACAACUGAGGAUUUGAGUAACUAACGAGGUAAAUGAGAGUAUUUUAAAGUUCUGUUGAUCAACAAAGAUAUAUCGCAAGAUCUGGCGAUCGAAAUGAUAAGGUCGUCUAGACUUAAUAAACCUUACUCUUAUCGCCGCGUAUUUAAUUCGUCGACUGGCAAAUUCAAAGAGCUGUUGUUGUAACCAAUUCUUAAACACUUGCUCUUUUUGUUAACGGUUGAAAACCUAAAAAUGUCUCUGCUUGAAACAACGGAGGCUAAGUGCAAUUUCCCAUUGACCAAUCACCAACUAAUAUCUUAAACAGACCAAUAUACGAGACCUCAUGAAGAAGAAACGUGUUGCCAAUGCUAAGCGCGGGAAAACGACAGCCGGUGAAAUACGCAAGGAAACGAAUGAAAC